GAGCUCUGCCCCUGCCACAGCGGGUUGCCCUACGCGACCUGCUGCGCGCAAUACCACGCGGACCACACGACCGUGCCCGACCCCGAGUCGCUGCUGCGGUCGCGGUACGCGGCGUUCUCGCUCAUGCUCCCCGAGUUCCUCGUGGACACGACGCACCCGGACCACAAGGACUACGGGUCCGGCACGCGCGCGGAGCGCGUCGCGAAGAUGUCCAAGGGCCUCGAGGCGUCGCGGUUCACGGCGCUGCGGGUCAAGUGCCAGGAGUGCAAGGGCGACGACGAGCACGAGAUCACCUUCGAGGCAGACAUCCAGCCCGCGAAGCAGCGGGGCUACGGCGCCAAGGCCGUGACGCUCUUCGAGCGCAGCGUCUUCAGGCGCCGCGAGGGCGUCUGGCUCUACGCGGAGGGC